AUGGCUCCCAGUAUUACUCAAGUGCUCAACGUCCGCACGCCUGCUGCCAGACGGCAGCUCGCAAAGACGUCGGUCGAUCUACUGCGCAAUCUGCUCUUCGUGCUGUUCCUCCUGCGCUACUCCCGAGUCGCACUAACACAUCUCUACGGCUAUGGACCCGUCGCAAGCGCGAAGAUGGGCUAUGCCGCUCUCCGCAAGUCACUCUACCGCAUAUUCUUGAGGCUACCUGGAGUACGAGGCAAGGUCCAAGCCGAGAUCAAGCAGUCACUGGACGAAUUGGAGAAGAAACUUGUGCCUUCUGGCCCGGGUAUCACAAGAUACACAUCACUGCCUGCCUCAGGAUGGGGUCCUGAGCAAGUGCGCGCCGAACUGGAAAAGCUGCACGAGAUGAAGCACACUCGCUGGGAAGAUGGCAGAGUGUCUGGCGCUGUCUACCACGGCGGCAAGGAACUUCAGGACUUGCAGAUGGAAGCCUUUGGCAAGUUUGGUGUUGCCAACCCAAUCCAUCCCGAUGUCUUUCCUGGUGUCAGGAAGAUGGAGGCCGAGGUGGUGGCAAUGGUCUUGGGCAUGUUCAACGCACCUGCCGACGGUGCUGGUGUCACAACCAGCGGAGGCACAGAGUCCAUCAUAAUGGCUGUCCUCAGUGCCAGAGAAAAGGCUCGCAUCGAACGCGGCGUCACCAAGCCUGAGCUCAUCUUGCCCGAAACAGCACACACUGCCUUCCGCAAGGCUGCCUCCUACUUCAACAUCACCGUCCACUACGUACCCUGCCCAGCACCCAGUUACAAGGCUUCUCUCUCCCACGUCUCUCGCCUCUUGAAUAGCAACACCAUCCUCCUCGUCGGCAGCGCUCCCAACUUCCCCCACGGCAUCAUCGACGAUAUCCCCGGUCUCUCCCGCCUCGCUCUGCGCAGAAACAUUCCUCUACACGUGGACUGCUGUCUGGGCUCUUUCCUCGUUCCCUUCCUUGAGCGCGCAGGCUACGAUACCGAGUUGUUCGACUUCCGCGUCAAGGGCGUCACCUCCAUCUCUUGUGACACACACAAAUACGGCUUUGCUCCAAAGGGCAACAGUACAUUACUCUACCGCUCUGCAGCCCUUCGCAAGUACCAAUACUUCAUCUCCCCUGAUUGGAGUGGUGGUGUUUAUGCUUCUCCCUCUAUGGCUGGUUCUCGUCCUGGCGCUCUGAUUGCAGGCUGUUGGGCGAGUAUGAUGAGCGUAGGUGAGGCUGGCUACAUCACGUCUUGCCACCAAAUCGUCGGUGCGGCAAAGAAGAUGGCAGAAGGUCUUCGCAGCAGGGACACUCUCCGCAACGACCUCUAUAUCCUCGGUAAACCCCUGGUCUCAGUGGUGGCUUUCUCUUCUGACACCCUGGAUAUCUACAACAUUGCCGAUGGCAUGAGUAGCAAGGGCUGGCACUUGAAUGCUCUGCAAUCUCCUGCUGCCAUCCAUGUCGCCGUCACCCUCCCCAUUGUUCCUGUAGUCGACGAGCUUCUCAACGAUCUCGAAGCUUGCGUAGAAGAGGAAAGAGAAAAGCAAAGACAAGCCAUUGUAGAAGGCAAAGGCAAACCACUCAAAAAGGGCGACGCAGCCGCUCUCUACGGUGUUGCUGGAGCAUUACCAGAUAAGAGUAUCGUUGAGGAUUUGGCUGCCGGUUUCUUGGAUUGUUUGUACAAGGCUUAG